CGCAACUUGUCGCAGGGUCCAGACAGUUUAUCUUAAUUCAUACCAUCCUCUCUGCUCUCCCGCCGCUUCAGACCGUUCCUCAUUCCAUUUAGUACGUAUCGGGCUGUCGAAAUUUCGUUAUUGAUACGUACCUUACCUUGCAACGCCAACGAAGAUGCUGUUCUUCAGCUUCUUCAAGACGCUCGUCGACCAUGAAGUGACGGUGGAGCUCAAAAACGACAUCUCGAUCCGCGGCACGCUCAAGUCCGUCGACCAGUUUCUGAAUAUCAAGCUGGAUGAUAUCCAGGUCUUGGAUGAAUUGAAGUAUCCGCAUUUGUCAUCGGUAAAGAAUGUCUUCAUCCGAGGAAGCGUGGUCCGAUAUGUACACUUGCCUGCGGCCGGAGUGGAUACUGCUCUGCUAGAGGACGCUACGAGAAGAGAAGCUGCGCAGCAAUCAACGAAACCCUCACGAUAAAAGCUACGAUUUCUAGUUCGAUAGAUGGAACAGGGGAUUGGUCACGGAAAUCACACUAGUUCAACAAGCAUAACAUGUUGGCUAGUAUAUGACACACUGAUUUCAAACAUCUUCCACUGGUGGAGAACACCCUCAUCUUCAAAUGGUUAUUUGAAGUGGGAGGAUAAGUCAGUCUCAUUGAAAGCGUUAUACUUGUACGGAUCGUCCGUAAUUGCAAGCUCGAUUACGGUUAUUUAGUCAGAGCAGCAUUAAAAGAAUAGUCUAAAAAUUUAAAAACGCUGGA